GAACCACAUUUAUUUAACUACGCCUUCUCCAGUCUGAGGUCCUGGUAGGCAUUACACAGUGUAGGAAAAAGAAACGGGACGCCCUCCUCCUCCUCUUCCUCCGCCUCCUCCGCCUCUCUCCGCGGAUAACGGUGUGCAAGAAGUUAUUCGGGACCGACGCAGACAAUAGCACCGAGGCGGUUUUAUCUUGCGGGCUUUGAUACACGUCCAUCGCUACUUAUUAAUGCUGUCCGCGUCCCCAGUGUGUCACACAAAGAGGAAAACACUCGGCUGAAAUCAUAUCAUGGACGAUCUGGGAGUGCCUGAGCCACCUAACUACCCUCUCAGUCCUCGUAUUGUUGUGUUUGAUGCGCUCCUCGCUGAUCUGGAGAACACCGGCUCUCCUCUAGCUCGGUGUCCUGUCCUGCUCACUUCUGAUCCUCCACAAAAUGCUGAUUCUGCCAUAGAGGACACCCCCCAAACCCGGCCACCUCCACCUGCCUACACCCCACAGCAGACUGUUUCUGCUGCAAUGAAAUCUACCCAGAACUCCAACCCAGACAAAUUAUACAGCACGGUGUGUAAACCACGCUCUCCCCGCACAACAGAUCCUCCUCCAGCCUUCUCCUCUACCUCGCUGUUGGGAGGAGGUCUGAGUGAACUGGACCAUCUGUUACAGGAGCUGAACGCCACCCAGUUCAACAUUACAGAUGAGAUCCUGGCCCAGUUCCCUUCUUCGAAGAAAGACGACAGGGACAAGAUUAAGGAUAAGGCCACGACCUCCUCCUCCAGCCCUGCAAAGCCUUCAGCAACAUCAGCCACACUGGAACUGGACAAACUGAUGGCUUCCCUGUCAGACUUCAGAGUCCAGAGCACACCAGCUGCACCUGUCAGUCCAGUGGUGACAGCACCACAGCAGCCGACCCCCCCACCACAGCCCUCAUCCGGCGGCUCAUUGGACAGCAUGCUGGGGUUGCUUCAGUCAGACCUGAGCCGACAAGGAGUACAAACAUCCUCCAAGGGAAACUGUUCAGCUUGUCAAAAGCCAGUAGUAGGACAGGUGGUAACGGCUCUUGGAAAGGUGUGGCACCCAGAGCACUUUGUGUGCACUGAGUGCGAGACAGAGUUAGGCAGUCGCAACUUCUUUGAGAAGGAUGGACGGCCGUACUGCGAGUCGGACUACUUCACCCUCUUCUCCCCUCACUGUGCACAAUGCAACAAGCCCAUUCUAAAUAAAAUGGUCACCGCUCUGGAUAAGAACUGGCACCCAGAGUGUUUCUGCUGUGUUAAGUGCAGCCGGGCGUUUGGAGAGGAAGGUUUCCAUGACCGUGAGGGCCAGCAGUACUGCCAGCAGUGCUUCUUGACUAUGUUUGCUUCCCGCUGUCAAGGCUGCAGCCAGCCCAUUCUGGAAAACUACAUCUCAGCUCUCAACUCUCUCUGGCACCCGCAGUGCUUCGUAUGUAGGGAGUGCUACAGCCCCUUCGUCAACGGCAGCUUCUUCGAACACGAGGGUAACCCACUGUGUGAGGCCCACUACCACCAGUCCCGCGGCAGCAUGUGUCAGGCCUGCCAGCAGCCGAUUCUUGGCCGCUGCGUCACCGCCAUGGGGGCCAAAUUCCACCCCCACCACCUCGUGUGUCACUUCUGCCUGAAGCCCCUGAGCAAAGGCUGCUUCAAGGAGCAGGAGAACAAGCCCUACUGCCACCCCUGCUUCAUCAAACUCUUUGGUUGAGGACACAGCAGGACUUUGCCCCCUCCCCCUCUUAUGGGUCACCAAGUGAAGGAGCUGUAUGACUCUGAGUUCUCAAUUUGUUUGUUUGUUUUUUACUGUGGGAAUGAGGGUGGAGCUGGUCUCUUUCUUGGUUUUAAGAAUAUUAGAGUUGGUAGAGGGAAGGGAAUAAAAAGAGAAUCAUCCAACCCAAUUCAUUUCAGUUUAUUUCACAAAAAAGUGGACUGCAUUUCGACUGGCAGUGUGAAAUAUAACUCUAGCAAUGGUUAGACAGAUACAAAAUGAUGCCAAAUGAUUUUGUCAUGUAUGUAAAUCUUUUACAUACUGUAUUGAUUCAAAUUGAAUAUUGAAAAUUUAAUUAUUUUGCCAAAGGUAGAAAAGAAACAGUACAUUGAGAGCAAAUUUAUUGUUUCAGUGAAUGACUUGUACUGUUGUGCAAGGAAAUCCCCUUUAAUAUAUUUGCUAUAUAUUGCAAAAAGUAUAAGUGCCACUGCAAUUGCAUUUAUAUAUUGUAUGCUGACUGCUAUAUAUGUGUUGUGUAACAAACUAAGCUGUCAUAUGUUUAAUGUCAGAUAUUUUGCAUUAUUCUUCCACUGUUGCUCCAUGCAAUUUACCAAAAACAAUUCCAAAGAAUAAAAUAAAGGAGAACACAAAUUGU